GAGGCAGCGCGAGAAACCUGCGCACGCGCCCCGGAGUUCGGCCGCCAGCGCCAAAGAUGAGCGUGCCGGGGCUGUCCGCUGCCCUGGCGGGGUUCGUCCCGCGGCGGGCGUUGGCAGUGCGAGCGCACACCGGGCCCGGGGCCGUCUCGCAAGUGCUGCACCUGCCGGAGAGGCAGCAGAGGAGGCUGGUGUUUCCGCUGCAGGAACUGGAGCGCUGCUUGGUCCCUAGGGCGGGGACCAAGCUGCACGUGAGAACGUUUGACCCGAGCCUGGAGGACAUCGCGAGAGCCGAGGCCGCCUUCUGCCCUGCCCCCAGCCACCGAAUCGAUUACGUCAGCAGCGCCGAGCGCCUCGACCACGCCCCCGCCCCCUCCCGCCCCGAGGUCUGCUUUAUAGGAAGAAGCAAUGUUGGAAAGUCAUCUUUAAUAAAGGCUUUAUUUUCCCUGGCCCCUGAAGUCCAAGUCAGAGUUUCAAAAAAGCCGGGACACACAAAGAAAAUGAAUUUUUUCCAAGUUGGAAAAUAUUUUACGUUGGUGGACAUGCCAGGUUAUGGAUUUAAAGCACCUAAGGAUUUUGUUGACAUGGUAGAAGCUUAUCUGAAAGAACGACCAAAUUUGACCAGAACAUUUUUGUUGAUAGAUGGUGUCGUUGGAAUUCAAAAAACAGAUAGCAUUGCUAUAGAAAUGUGUGAAGAAUUUUCCUUGCCCUAUGUGAUGGUGUUAACAAAAAUUGACAAAGCUUCCAAAGGUUAUCUUGCAAAACAAGUUCUUCAGAUCCAAGAAUUUGUUGACACUCAGACUCAGGGAUGCUUUCCUCAACUGUUUCCUGUCAGUUCUGUGACAUACUCUGGAAUCCAUCUAUUGAGGUGCUUUUUAGCUCAUAUAACAGGAAAUCUUCACAUCAAUAGCUCAUAGCUUGGCUAAAGACUCAAAGGCUGGCUGUGUCAUCCAGAACAUCAGCAUUGUUUUAGAUGUUGUCCAUCUUUAACAAGGCAAGAGGACCAUUUGCAUCUUCCCAAAGAAACCUUUGUUCCAUUUUUAAUGCCCAAGAAGUUGCUAUGAUGGAUCUAAUCUUGCUGUUCAAUUCAGAACAAUUAUUUUGAAAACUAAUUACCUUGAUGUCCAAGAAGAAUCUACCAAUAGAUCUAAUUUUGCUGUUCUAAUCAGAACACUUAUUUUUAAGUUAUCUUUUUAACAAUCUGAAACUUUAACUUGUUUUGCUCAUGACUCAUGGUUUUUCUGUGUCAUGAAAAAUCAUAGCACAUUAAUUAAGCUGACAACAAAGAAGGGCUCUCAGAUGCCUCCCUCUAGACUUUCAGAUCCCUUCACCCCUCUCAUCACCCCCUCCCCACCAUUUACUUCUCCAGAACUUAUAACAGAGUAAACAGCUCUUUAUCAACAUGGGUGAAGCUAUCAUGACUUCCCCAAUACUAAACCUGGAAGAACAGGGAACCAACUGCUGCUGUGGGAAUGGGUAGAAACUGGAGAAUGUGGAAGUCUCAAAUAGAGUUUUGUGGUACAUUCUCAAAAAAUAUAAAAUUUGGGAUCUUCCAACAAACUGUUGGGAAGUAUUUACUAUAGUACAACUUAGCAAGCUAAGCCAUUACUGAACACAAUUAAACAGAAAAGAAAAGCUUUAUUAUUAUAAUUUCCAUACCAUCUAGUAAAAAGGCAAAUAAGGCAAGAAAAUCUCAUUAACUUUAAAAUAAAAAAGAUAUAUAUAUAUGUAAUAUACUUGAAAAAACAAAUAGAAAAUUUUGAAUCCAAACAAUAAUAGUAUACCCUACAAUAUGAAAGCUUGAAAAGAAUAAAACUAAUAGUCUUUGUAACUUAGAUGCACAAUGACAUUAUUUUGCAAAUGACUAAAUUAUAGCACCUACACUUUCACAUAAUUAGUUCUCAUUGAAAAGGUGAGAGUUCCUUUUGGCCCACUAAUCAGAAAGACAAGUUGUUAUUAUUCUUAAAUAAUCAAAUACAGUUGUUUGAAUCAUAUUUGGCAUUUCAAAGUGAGAAAUAGCUUAAAAGACUAGAUAUGGUUGAUGAAAAUCAAACUGUAAAGUUAUGGAAAUGUGACUUUUUCAGAACUCAUUUCUCAUUUCCUUAAUAAAUAGUGAGAGGUAGAAUAUGUCCAUGUUAUAUCAGCAUUGAUAAAAUGGAUUCAUUUUUGCUUGUAGUGGUUAAUUGCACCUUUAGAAGUACUGGUGAGUAAAAUGUUACCCAUUUUAAACAGCAAAAAUAACUUGGCAACUUUGAAAGCUAUUCUCCUAAGAACUUUGAUCAACACAGUGACCAACAAUGGUUUCAGAAGUCUGCUGCCUACCUCCUCCUAACCGAGGGGUAAAUGGAAUCAAGAUGCAAGAGACAUUUUGGGGCAUAUAGCCAGCGCAAGGAUUUGUUUUAAUCGACUAUGCAUGAUUGUUACCAGGUUUUUGUUUUGUAUGGGGAAGGAGGAAAAACAAACUGAUUUUUGUUAAUUGGAAAAAAUUGGUUAAAAAAAAUAGAAUUAGCUGUAUAUGGUGGGAGGGGUUGUGUGUAUCUAUAUUUGUUAUGGUAAUGGUGCAGGUCACCAAAAAAAUAAAACUUGGUGACUAGAA